UGUAAAUUAAUAUUCGCCUGUCACAAAGUUCAUCAUAGUUUCCGGUUCUUUACGUCUGCUGACUUUUUCUUGAUAAGAAAAGCGAAGAUAUAUUUUUGCUUAAAAAAUGGGUUUUCAAAACAUUUGGUAUUCGCAUCCACGAAAAUAUGGUCAAGGAUCACGUUCCUGCCGAGCGUGUGCAAACAGACAUGGUUUAAUUCGUAAAUAUGGAUUAAAUAUUUGCAGACAGUGCUUUAGAGAAUAUGCUGCCGACAUUGGCUUCAAAAAGUUGGACUAAGGGCAGGACAAAAAAAAGCUGAGCUGAUUUUUUAUUAUAUACACAACUACAUUCUUAUUGUUAAAUUUUUUUUUAAUUCUACAUAAUAUAAAUACGGGAAAAUUA